AUGUUGAUUGAAAAAGUGCAUGGUCUUCAGACUACGGCAUUGAGUCUAAAUGACCGGUUUACUAUGUUAGCCACUGCAGCUCCUGGCCCCGUCGCCAUGAGACCACGGCGACGACCGAAUAUGGGGUACUUCAAUCAAAACCUUAACUUCAAGAAUCGUAACCUCAUAGAGCAGAUAGCCCUACGUUUGGAAAUGCAAGCUAAAAGGCAAGCAGUGAAGCAAAGAUUAGGAAUGCUCAGACGCUUUGGCAGUGAGAGUAGUCUUCCUGGCCUCCGACGCUCAAACAGUUUUGGUAACCUCAGCCAAACUAGUUUUAAGAACAGAUACAACUGGAGACAAUCAAAUGGCAAUUUGAGUAGGGCUGCAUCUUUCGGCAACUUGUCGACGGGUACAUGGCGCGGACUGUGGCGUCGCGGUGGCGGCGCUAGGGCUGUCAGGGGACGCUUUAGGGGCGGUCGUCAAAACGUGGGACGUAUUAACCGCACGCCGCAGCGUGGUCACCGCGGCCGAACUCGUGCCAGGGGACGAGCGCGGUCACAGUCAAGUGGGGCAGCCAGGGGUCAGGGCAUGGGACAAGCCAGGGGUCCGGGCGUGGGACAAGCCAGAGGACAGGCCAGGGGCCAGAACAGAGGGCAAGCCAGGGGACAGGGUAGAGGGCAAGCUCCGAGACGAGGUCGCAGUCAAAGCCAGAAACCUGUGCCGAGUAAGGAGGAGCUGGACCUGCAGCUGGAACAAUACAUGGCCGGCUCCCGCGCCGCUCUCGACCAGGAUCUGGACGAUUACAUGAACCACGCCAUGGACAUGGAGUGA